AUGACCGGCAAAAAUGGAGACCACGAGUCUCCCCGGGUAUCGACCCCGUCUAAUGCCAAUGCCAAUGUCAAGCGCAUACCGCCCCCAGAGUCACCGGCGGCGGUCCAGACGCGGUUCAAGGUCAUUGCCGCUUUCUGGGCCGUGAUCAUCUUUCUGGGAUUUCCGAUAUGGUGGAAGACAACCUCAGUCUACAGGGCACAUAUUCCGUUUCAAGAGAUGGUGGACUGGGCGGAUGGAAAGACAUGUCGCCCCGUGUUUCCCUUAGAGAUUCAUCUCGCAACCCCAGCGAUGCAAUCGCCUGAAGCCCAGCACCUCCUCCGCACAACGCAACAUACCCUCGACGAUCUCAAUGAGUUCGCGACGCACCACCUCCGGCUCAAGUUGACCAACGACAGCGACACACCCACCACACAGGAUGACGAGAAUUCCCAGGGAAAUGCCAGCAAUGCGGAGAAAGAGGCGGCAGAUACGGCAUUGACUGUUCGCCUUCUUCCCCAGGAAGACUUGGCCGCGCCUAGGUCUGAGCUCCACGCGGACACUACCCAGCUAGAUGUCUUCUAUCCGCCGAGCCAAACUCCAGUCUCGUCUUCAUCAAAUCCGCCGCUCUCGGCUUUCAUUGCGGGGGAGCUGCAACAGUUGUAUGCUGAAGAGAAAGCGACCAUAGCACAUAUUCUGUCCAGUCAUGCCGUGGGCCUUGAUUCACCUUCGCCGCAAGUCGCCGGGAGCAUCAGUCGGCGAUGGCGCCGAUCAAUGCAAUAUGCCGAAAUUUAUCACCUGUCGUUUUCCUUAUUUACUCCUGGCCCUGCGCCAUCUGCAUGGGAUAUUGAGGCCGCCGUGGACGAAUACCUAUCACCGCUUCUCCGGGCAUUUGCUCCCAUCAGCAACUUCACCGUGGACACCCAGGUCCAGCUUUACGCCACAUUUUCACCAACUGCAACACUGCCAGAAUAUGACGAGACGGAAGCCGCAUGGACACUGAAAAAAGAGGGCCUAAGCGCCUUCGUGAAUGCCGCCGAGUGGCCGCUGAACCCCAGUAUUGGCAACGGCCCCACGAUCAACUUCAUUCUCUACAUUCCGGACCCCUCGCAGUCACCGCUAGUCGUCAAGGAAAACCGCGCCUCUAGCUGGAUUAUCCCGCAGUGGGGAGGCGUGUUCCUUUUGAACCCUCCUCUUUCUCAGACCGACAGCAGCGGUGAUCGUGUCAAUCCCGCUCACCUGCCCCUGGAGACCUUGCGCCCUGCAUUCAUGACCUUCUCGCAUCAACUUCUCACCCUCCUCGGCACCCCCAGCACCCCAGUGUCUCUCCCACUCCGUCUCCAGACGCUUAUUCGUGUUCGCGCCGCGACGCUCCUCCUCUCUGCCUCAUCCACUAUGGGUUCGCUCGCCCGCUUGACUGAGUCUCUCCCCUCCAUUCCCAUUCCGGCUACAGUCUCCGCCUCCGUCUCUGCAACGCUUUCCCGCCUCGCUGCCACUUGCUCUCACCUCCGGGCUGGUCGCUUCGGCGCUGCUCUUGCCAACGCGCGAGUCGCAGAGAAGGAGGCCGAGCGCAGCUUCUUUGAGAAGAGUAUGGUGGGCCAGGUGUAUUUCCCGGAUGAGCACAAGGUUGCCGUCUACCUGCCGUUGCUGGGGCCGAUUGGUGUCCCCUUGGUGAUUGGGUUGAUCAAGGAACUUAAGCGCGUGGUGGCUUCAUGGAAAGCCCAGCGACGACCCACAUAG